AUGUGCAUUAUGGCGACUGGAAGAUUGAAAUGCCCGAAUGAGCCGCAAAAUGUCAAAAGUGUUCAAAUCGAUUUGUAUGACGAGGAUGCGUUGCCUCUCGAAUCUGACGAUUUGAUGGGUCGCACAUGGUCCGACCAAAAUGGAAAUUUUCGAGUUACUGGAUGUGGAUCGGAUUUUGGACCAAUCAAUACACCUGAUCCAUAUUUGUACAUCGAGCACAACUGCAAACAUCGGAUUUCGAACGCGACGCUUCCUAUCCAGGUCGACGUGAUUCCGCUGUUCCUUCCAUCGAUUGUCAACCUCGGAAAUAUUUAUCUUGAUCGUUAUAUUGAAGAUAAUUAA